UUUUUUCAGAAAAUGGAGCCUUUUAUUCUUCGCGGAUUUCUUUACGAAAAUCACUGGCCAAUAAUGGAAUUGUGGACAGAAAAAUAUUUACGUGAUAAUUUUGCUAAAAAUAAAGGGCCUGUAACUGUACGUUUUGGAAGUAGAGAACAUAUAAAUGGAGAGGUAAGGAUUCUUCAUGAUCAUGAAAGUAUAAGGCAUCAAUUUGAAAGUUUUUCUGAAAUGUUGGAUUGGAUGCUUGGUCGAAAUGAAAAAGAGUUGCCAUCAAUUGCUGCAAAAGAACUAAAAAUAAAUUCUUCAACUCACUGGGCAUAUUUUGAUUAUCGAGAUAUUUUGGAAUUAUUGGAUGAAGAAACAGCUUCUCUUGUAGAUUGGUCUAAAUUAAAUAUUUUCCCUCCUUCUUCCUCUUCUGAUUUAGAAAAUUGGAAAGAUUCAACUAUUUGGAUUGGAACCCCCGGUGCCUAUACUCCCUGUCAUUAUGAUACUUACGGAUUUAAUUUACACGCCCAAAUUUGUGGAUAUAAACGUUGGCUACUUUUCCCUCCAAAAACUGAUUUAAACGCUACUAGACUUCCUUAUGAAGAAUCUAGUGUUUUCUCUUCAAUUGAUAUUAUUGGGGCUACAAUGAAAGAAGUUGAGGAGGAGAAUAUUCCUUCUCCUUUUGUAGUUAUUUGUGAACCUGGAGAUUUAUUAUUUGUUCCCCAAAAAUGGUUAGAAUUAUUAGAAAAAAUAAUUAAAAAUAUAUCAAUACAAAAUAAUAGGGUUGUUCACUACCGGUUACUAACCGGUAACCCUGUUUUCGGUUAA